UGCCAUUGCAAGGAUCAAUUUCAGAUGAAAAAGGUUUUUGAUGACUUAUUUUUCCCAGUGUCUCAUUGUUAUCAACACACUCCGUUUUGGAUCACAAACAAACGUAUUCAGUCAUGUGAACCAAAAACUAAUUUUGCAAUUAUAUUUUAAUGGGUUUUGCUUAAGGGCACACAGCUAUUAACUGUAGCAACCUCCAACAAAAUGUCAAUUAAUCUCCUGAGUUGUAAAUUGAAACAGAAGCUCCUUAUAUAUGGUAAUUUGUCUUCUAAGGUUUUCCCUCUACCGGGAAGACCUAAAAGACCACAUUGACCUAUCUCUUCUGCGAACUUCUGUGAACUUGCCAAACUGGUAAAAAAAAAAAAGGGGGGUAGCUGGGGGUGACAUGACAGUUGAUGACACACUCAAACUUGGCUGAAAGAGGCAAUAUCUCAACAGAGUGCAGGGGAGGGAUAUGUACAUGGCCCUGAGCAUAACCAAGAGGAGGAGCUCAGUGUUGAGAGACACAAACUAAGUGUUGUUUAAGGAAACCUGGAGUGCAACCGCUCGAGCUGUUUGUCUUAUAAUCAGGAGAAAACUAAAUGGUUGUCCCUACAGAAGAAAAGAAGACACAAAUUGUGAUUUAAUGAUUCCUGAAGUGCUGGGCCGAGGAGUCUGGAUGGAACUUCCCAUGUUGAGCCGUAAGAGAUCUCUGUUUAAUGGACAUGAAAAUGAGCCCCCACUGUACACAAAGAAAUGUGUGGCAAGGCUCAAGAAUCUGCCGGACAGAUAUGUGACUGACAAAGCCACGGAGUGUGGCAGACUGAAGACAAACUGUAGUCCCUCCUGUACGAACGGAGGGACAAAACACCAACACGAUGACACUCAGAGCUUCUUCGAGCAGAUAUCGUCCUGGGCCGACACACAAUUCUCUACCAAGAAAGUUCUGGAGAAUGUCCAGUUUCGACAAGCCACUCGAGACAUUUUACUCAAUGAGUCAGUCAACAAGAGAUUUCUGGAGUUUCACCGUGACAUCACAGAGGAAUGCGGCACGGAAGAUAAACAGCAUUCGUGGGCUGUUAUUGAGAAACAGGAGGAGAUUGUCAUGUACGGACCUUAUUAUCCGAAUUACAACAACGGAAAGCACAGCGAGGACAUCAUUAUUAAACAGACUCAGGAACUUCUGGAGUCAGAGGUGGUCUCAGAGGGCUGGAAGGUGUAUAUUUUCACCAUGAACAGCCCGUGUCUGGCUAGAAACACAGAUCCAUGCAUGCUGAACCUGGUUCAGAAAGCUAAAAAGUGGUGGAGUGUGUAUGGAGUAAAGACUCAUAUUGGUUUUGUGAAAAGCUGGGGCUUCAAAGGAGCUAAAGAGAAUCUGUUCAGGGAUAUUAACUACAGUCACGUGGACUGUAUGGAUCAGACUGAAGACUAUGAGAGUUACGUUAAAGCUGCUGAGAAAAACCAUCUUGAUCCUGCAUGUGAAACUCUGUAUUCUGCUGUGAAACACGUCCUGAGAGCUUCAAGUUUCACCUUAAAUAACAUUUUUCAGGGGCAGGACUGGAAGAGUUACUUCAAAAAUAUGCACAGUAUUUUUGAAAGCAAACCAGAGGAGGAGAAAAAAAUCUGCACACAAGAGAUGAAUGCAAUGACCGAAGCUGCACAAGUUCUGCUUUCAGGAACAAGUGAAAGUUUGGAAGACUAUUUAGAAAAGGGGCAUGCAUUUGCAUUUGAUUACACUUUUAGCUCACAAGUAUCUGAAGCCAUCAGGGAUCAGAUCAGACUCACAUUUCAGCAGUGUUGGAGGGAGAUGGUGCAGGACAAAUAUGCUGAGUUGAUCAGGGAGAAGCUGACUGAAGACUUCAAUCAAUGUACCGUCCAGCUUUUUAUCAAAGAUGUUGUAAAGUUCACAGAAGAAUUCUUAGAAAUUGGAAGGAUACAGUUCUCAGGAGAAGCUCCACAAGUUAUCUGCAAAGUAAACUCUUCACCAAGAUGAUGAGGGAUUACUGAGACUAAAUUUUUCACCAUGUUGGUAUGCUUUUGAAGUGGAAUGAAUGACACCAACUGCAAUGUCAUACAUACCAUUUGCAUUAUGUCAAAAUACUUUGUCUAGUUUAAUUUCCACAUUCUACAAUUGACAUUUUGGAGAUUUCUGCAAGAAUUACACUUUUUUUGUCGAUUGGAUGGUGAACACUUCUUUUCGUGAAGCUGUCAGUAUACAGCCAUGCAUCCUGUGAAUGCUUCAGGUCCUUAAGUUUGUGGUUGGAAAGUUUCAUGAGACUGAAAGGUCACAACAGGUCAUUUUAUACAGUGAGGUCAAGUUGGGUCUCACUACAAUGAAACGGAUACUAUGGAAACUAACAUCAUCACACAAGGGCCUCAGCUCUCCAGUGCUUCCCAGUUAUUCAAUUCCACGACUGUUUAGGGACCCCAUUAUGCAAAAGGUGGGCAUGUUUGUAAAGGGCAGGCUUGUUGGUACUCAAAAUACCAAUUUCCAUUCAGAUAUCUUGAGGUCAGAGGUCACAGGAUUUAUUAAAAAAAUGGCCAAUUCAGUUUUUUCCUCAACCAAAUUUAGUCAGACGUUGGAGCAAUAUUAAAACAAGUUUUCAACUCCCAUCACGAUAUCAUAGUUGGUACUCAGCGAUUCCUUACAACUUGUAGUUUUAUAUGAUACCAGUAUCUUCUCUGUAGCACUUAGACUGAGUCCGCACAUUUAGGUGUGAUUACACCUACAAAGACCUUUUAAGCUUGCCGGUAGAUCAACUUCAUUUAUAUUUGUGAAGUGAUUCAAGUAGUAAAAUAACCUUUUUUGUAUAAUUAAACUACUGAAACGGCAAACUAUAAAUUGGGCCAUAAAAGGAAAGGAUUGUUGUUGUUUUUUAAUUAUUAUGAUUUUACUAUGGCUUUUCUACUGUAAUUGAACCCCCUUUGACAGACAUGGACACAGAUACUGUACACACACACAAAGAUUGUAAUUACUACCUACUAAAUGGUAGGUAAUAAAUGUAGGUAUAGAAAAAAUGAUGUCUAUAUAUUAUC